AUGGCCUACCAAAGGUCCUCAGAGCAAGACAUCUGCUACAUCUGCGGAGAUGACGCUGACAACCACAUGGAGCACUUCUGCCCUUUCAACUACAUCUUUGGGCGGUCUUCCGGUGAUACCUGCAGAGGAGAAUGCCCUGUCGGAGAACACAGAGUAACCUCCAGGGAUCAUCGCAAGUUCCUGCGGCGUUUCAUGCGCGUGAGCAACCUGCCACCGGGCUUCAGGGUGUGGGAGCUCGAGAACCUCCUGAGCCCGUUCGGGCCGCUGCUGAUGUGGGAUGUUCCCAGGUCCAAGAAUGACAUUUGUGGCUGCAAGACUGAAGUCUGCCUGAGCUUCGGCGCUGCCGUCUUCAAGAGACGUGAGGAUGGGGAGAGGGCCAUCCACGAGCUUAAUGGCUAUGAGACUGGUGGCCGGAAGCUGCGAGUUGAUUGGGUUUACCCUUCUUGUGUGUAG